AUGGCUCGUGUGCACACAGAGGAGUCUGGCAGUGGCGUUGCUGCAAAGAAAGACCCUUUUGAGAUGCUCGGAUUGGUGCCCGACAGAUUCAGGCCCAAGGCCUCAGCUAAACCUCAUCCAAGAAGACGAAGGGCUGCUGCUCAUCCAGAAACAACACCAUCACUGACCACCUUCAGGUUUUUCAAAAAAGCACACAGUUCCUCAAUUAUUGUCUCCAGUACUUCACCUGCUGCUGAGAAAUUUUCCAGGUCGAGCUUUUCAACAGGCAACAAACAAGAUUCGCCAACCAGCGAAUCAUACCAGCUAAUUGAGAUUGAUAGCGAUGAGGAUGCUAUUCAUGACGAGAACCAUGCUACCCAGAAGAAUGUCAGAAAUCUUGCUUUUCCCAGAAUUGCCACCAAAAAUACAAGAAGAAACACACCUCAAACUCGCAAGGUCUCCAACAAUUCAAAUAGUAAUAAAAAGUCAAGCAAAAGCUCUUUGGAAUUGCUUGAUAUUGCUGAAGUCUCUGACACCAGCAUUGCUGAAAUCUCUGACGACAUAUUCAAUGAAACAUUUGACGAAGAAGCUGCUCUAGAUGAAAUUAAAAAAUCCAUAAAAAAUACCAUGCAAUUUGGUAAAAGAAACGUAUCUAGUUCUUCUUUAAAUCCCAAUUCCAAUUCUAAUUCCAACUCAAUUAAAAAGUCAACAGCAAUUAAUCUGAGCGAUAUUGAUUCCGACAAUACUCUUUUGAAUGCUGUAAUAGAUAUCGACAUGUCCUCUGAUGACAAUUUUAACUCUCCCUCUGAGCGUAAAACAUUCCUGAAAAGAAUUGAUUCUUCCACUAUUUUUAAAAAUCAUUUUCAAAAUCAAUCCAAAAAAUCCAUACAAAAACAAUUAAACUUCCUUUCAAUUCAACCAAAUGAUUCAAACCACUCAAACCACUCAAACCACUCAAAUAAUCCAACUUUAUCCAAUUAUACUUCUCCAUUUAAAAAAAAAACAACUUCUCCCUCCGAAGACUCAAAUGAAAAUUUCGAAUUGAUUGAAAUAAAUUAUUGUCGCAAUUCCUCUUCAUCCUUUAAACUAAAUAACUCAACUUUUGAAAUACCCCAAAAUGUAUUAAUAAAUAUUAAAAAUCACUCCAAAAUCGAUUCCUUGCCUUCUUCCUUAAUCUAUUCCAAUCACGAUGAUUACUUUCUCAAAAAUAACACUAAAAUUGUUUCCUAUUUUCAGUCAAAGGUAAACUCAAAAAGACUUUGUUUAGGUUACCCAAUAAUCCCCUCCAUCUUUGCAGUCUAUAUCAUUCAAAUCUUAGAAUUCAUCUACAAGUUUGCAAACCUAUUUCCCAAAAAUUUACUUUACAUUGGUCCUCAAGAAUUAGAAGCCGGUAUUGGCUUGAAUAAAAUUCACCAUACAAUCUUUGACAACAAUGACUCAUUUAUAAAUAAAAUCAACAAAAAAUUCGAUUCUUGUUGCAACAUAGAUACUCAAAAAUUAAAAUUCCUAACUAGUCAAAGUACUUUGGAUAAUCAACACCAUUCAGAUGACCAAAUUACUUCUGAAAACAAUCAAAAUUCAGCCGAAACUUCAGAUCAAGUAUCUCCUGAAAUAGAAAGACUAUUUUCUUAUCUAUUAUCUCUUGUACUCGACAAGACAAACAUCAGAAACAGUGCAACUCAAAAAUCUUUAAUUGAACUCAAAAAAAUCUCUAAAAAUCUACAAUAUCCAGAUGAAUGGAAAUUAAAUUCAAUUGAUCAUCUUAAUAAAUCAAAUAACAUUUCAAACACCACUAUAACUGUUAUCGAUAUUGAAAAUGAUAUUGAUAAUGAAAAUGAUAUUGAUGAGGAAAAUAAUGAAAAAAUUGAAGAAAAAUGGUUCAAUCCAUUUACUGACGUUCCAGAUUUUCUUCAAAACGGUUUAUCCUCUUUGGAACCAAUCGAUAGACUAAUAAUGCUUCACCUACUCUGUGAUUGGGCUAUUGAAAGAUCAACAAAAGUCAAACAAACAAUUACAGAACUUUUAGAAUUGCAAAGUUUAUCUAAAUUAUUAACAGAAAGUACAUAUUAUGUUUCAAGAUAUAUUAAAGAAGGUGAAUCCGGAAUAGAAGCCGCUGUCAAAAAGGCAACCAAAAUUAAAAACCAAAAAAUCUCAAAUCAAGUUUUAGUUGAAAAUACUAAGAUUAAAAAAUCAGUCUUGAAUAAAAAUGCCAGUUCAGUAAAAUCUGACACUAAAAACAACAAUAUCAAUGAAAAUGGAAAAGAAAAUAAAAAUAAAAAAAAUAAUACCCAAAAAAUUAAAAUAAAAGACAUUAUCAAUGAAUUAAGUCUAGAAGAAAAGGAAAAAAAUGAUAAAACGAGGCGGGAAAUAAUUGACAAGAUUAACAAAUUACCAGAGUUGGAUCCGAAAUCUGAUCCAUUAGAUCAUCCACUAGCAUUAAGACUAUUGGAUUUUUUUGCAGGAGAAUGUGGUCCAACAGGAAAAUUUUAUUUAGUAAGAAUGGCAGAUAGUCAAUCUGGAGAUUUAACCAGUUAUGAUGAGUUUAAAAAAGUUAUCGAAAAGAGUCAAACGAAAAAGGAUGCUAUCAAGUGUAGUCCACCUUCAAAAUUUAAAUUAUACGUUAAUGAUGUGAGUGGGAUGUUACAGACAAUGUUCAUUGAAAAUGAUUAUCAUAAUUGGAAGAAAAAAAGGAAACGAAGCAGCACUAAUAACUCUAAGAAAUUGGAAUUUUUGGGAGAUACCACAAUUGAUAGAAUCAAGAAUAAAUUUUUACUAAAUCCAUGGUAUGAAGUUGCUAGUUCGCCAGCCGAGUUGAGUGCAAUAAUUGAAUAUUUUGAAAGGAAAUUAGAAUUGGAUGAGGAUACUGAGCAGAUUCCAACUGAUCAACUUUUAGUUAAUGGGAAAAUAAGUAAAUUUUCUAAAUAUUAUGAUUCAAUUUUUUGUUUUAUUAAUUAUCUAAAAGGGAUGUUACCAUUAUUAACACUUCAUGACGAAUUAUAUGAGGUUCGAAGAAAGAAAAAAAAUAUGGAGAUUGACCUAGAUCUUGAUGAAGGCAAAUCAAUAGCUGAAAGGAAUAUUACUAAUUUUAGGCAUUUAAGAACAAGACAGCAAUUGCAAAAUUUAAGAAAAAAAGAUAAAGAAAUGAGAAUAUUAUUGGAGUCGGAUAUUGAUAGUUCUGGUGAAGAUGAUGAAGAGGUGGAUAAUGAUGAAAAUAAUAGUUUUGAUACUGAUGAAAGUAAGAAAAAGGAAAAAGAUAGAGAUAGAGAUAGAGAAAAUUCUGAGCAGGCUGAUGAUGAUUAUGUGAGUAAUAGUGACAGUGAUCUUGAACUUUUACAAAGCUAA